AUGGUCCUAAUAUCAUUCUCAACGGUCGUCCCCGUAAACCCCCCAGACACCACUCCCAUGCUCUCAAAAGAAGACCUCUGGACCGCCCUCGUGCUCAAAGCGCGUGAUCCGAAACAAUUCGUUCCGGUUAUUGAGAAAUCGGAGAUAGUAUCUGAGGAUGAGAGCGGUUUGACAAGGAGGGUUUGGUUUAGGGGCGAUGGGGAUGAUAAGAAGGGUGGAAAUGGUGUUGAGGAGAGGGUUUCCUUUGUGGAAGCGAUGAAGAUCGACUUCAUCAUUCCCGCAACAGGCCAACGCGUGUCAAACAUAAUGUCCACGACCCCGGACGGUGAUCUAUAUCUUAUAUUUACGUUUGAAUGGCCGCAUCCUGAGUUAGAAGCGGGAAGUGUCGAGGUUAAAGAAUUAGAGAGGGAACGGGGGGAGUUGAGCCGGGGUAUUGUGCCGAGGACGGUGGAGGUUGCGAGGGGGUUGGUGAGGGAUGGCUUGCUUCAUUUGGAGUGA